AUGGAUGAACCUUCUACUCAGAUCUAUCUAUCUAUCUAUCUAUCUAUCUAUCUAUCUAUCUAUCUGUCUGUCUGUCUGUUUGUCUGUCUAUCUAUCGUGGCAACCACUAUCUAUCUAUCUAUCUAUCUAUCUAUCUAUCUAUCUAUCUAUCUAUCUAUCUAUCUGUUUCUGUCUGCACGGAUCUAUCUAUCUAUCUUCGUCUGCUCAUAUCUAUCUAACUAUUCAUGUAUCUCUUUCCGUCUGUCCGGAUCUCUCUCUCUCUCUCUCUCUCUCUCUCUCUCUCACUCUCUAUCUAUUUAUCUAUCUAUCUCACUAUGUUACUAUCUAUCUAUCUAUCUAUCUAUCUAUCUAUCUAUAGGGGAUCUAUCUAUCUAUCUAUCUAUCUAUCUAUCUAUCUAUCUAUCUAUCUAUCUAUCUAUCUAUCCCAGUCUGUCCAUAUCUAUUUUUCUAUCAAUAUUUCCCUAUCUAUCUGUCUAUCUAUCGCAGUCUGUUCAUAUCUAUCUAUCUAUCUAUCUAUCUAUCUAUCUAUCUAUCUAUCUAUCUAUCUAUCUGUACGCAUCGUUAAAUAAUUUUUGUCAUCAUCUUCCUUACCGAAAGUGUAAAUCCCCUACAGAAGGUGGCGACGAAUACUGA